AUGGAACUUCUGGAUGGGCUUUGCGUUAGCGCUCGGAAAAAGACCACUUACAAGAAGGUGCGAUUGGGUAUUGCUGAGCAGUCAAAGGAUGAACCGUCAUCGAACAAACCAGCUGCUGUAUUCCGGUCAUCACUACUCGACCGCGUGCGGACUCGCUUAAAUGUUGAAGAUGGACAUGCUCCGAGCAGCGAUGCCCUUGAGCCCGAAUCUGGACUCACAGAUGACGUGUACGAUGGAGAGAAUUUGGAAGUAAGCUUUGAUGUUGGCGACGCAGAAGAUGACUGUUUGCCCACCCAGGCAGACGGCAAGCCCGAGCAGAUCGAAGUUAACGUGGGUACUGCACCAGAGGAGCCCUUUAGCAGAAUAAAGAUUCCACUAAAACUAUCAGAUGGCGGGAUCUUUAGUCCUAGUACGCAAGUUGACGACGAAAUGGCGAUGCAGUUGCAGCCUACGCAGAAACUACCGCCUGAAUCACCAGCCCUACAGGCCGUUGACACCCAUACAGAGCUCCAAGACGAGCUGGAAACUGGGGUUGCAGUGGACGGGCGUAUAUCGCUCUCGCAGACUCAAGUAAUUGUUUCCGGAACAAAUUACGGGCCCACCAGAGUGGAUGAUGAGGUAGUAGCUACUCAACAAGAUUCCAUGGGCACGGCGGAUGCACAAUGUUGGGAUACUCAAACUCUUGAUUGUGCACUUGCCGAUGACUUUCAAGCGACCAUACCGGAUGCUCAAACACUUGCCACGGCAAGGCACGAAAAGCUGUUUAUACAUCAGAUUGAGGAGGAGAUAGCUACCAAGACCCAGAAAGAGCUGCCCAUGAUGACUCAAGCGAAGGAGGCACCUUAUAUACCUAAGCAGAAGCUGGUUUUCACGAAGGAUAAUUUUUUGGAUUCGUUUGAUGAUGAUUCUGAGACGGAAAUUCAUGGAGGAUUGGAUGGUUCAGACAGACAGGUAUCUUACAAUGAUAGGGAACACACAGAAACUGGUCCACAAUCAUCGCAACCAGCUACUGGAGAGGGCCAAGAUACCCAGGUUCUAUAUCCCGCCCUUCAGUCUCUUUCCAUAACUUCAAAGUCAUACCAAGAGGCCAGGCAAAUAAUAUUGGAUGAAAGUUCGGAGGAUGACACAGACGUGAAUCUAUCAUCUGCUGUAUCGAAGGCAGCCGUUUUGGCUAUUAAAGCUAGGAAUUCAAAGUUUAUAACACCACAGAAAAUAGAUGAGACAAAGUCAUCUAAAUCAAACGAACUAUUUGCUAAGCUCAGAAAAGCCAACAGAGAACAGCUUUUAGAGCAACGAAGAAAUGCCAUUGAACGCCGAGGAAUUAAUAUGCAGAAUUUAGAACAAGAACGUGAACAACUUGGAAAUUUGCUCGAACAAGAACUUGAACGCAAUAGAAGAAUCCGUAUACGUGAAAAGAAGAUAGAACGCGAGCGCUUAGAAAACGAAAAUGUGGAGUUAACUAUCUCAUCGGAUGAUGCGAGUUCCGAUGAAGACGUGCCUGAAAGUGAUGCUGGGAGUAUUGCAGAUCCCGGAGCAUCAUCUACAGAAGAUGAAGACUCAGGGUUAUCUAGCGAAAUCGACAGUGAUAUGGGAGAAGAAUCUGAUCACAGUGUCGUUACCAAACGAAGAAGUCGCCGCAUAUUAGUUCAAAGUGAUGAUGAAGGCACAGAAACCACGGAAAACCGCCAAGCAAUUCAUUUGGGUGUGUAUGGUAAUAAUAUAAAGCCACAGGAUACUGGACCUGAAGCUCGCGGGAGUUACCUCACUUCGAGAAUAAAGAAAUAUGACGACUUGUCACCUGUUAAAACAACAACUUCAACGCCUAAAGGCCUGACUGAUGGGAGGGCUGAACUAGAUCAUGAAUCCCCAGAUGGCCAUUCCCUCAAUACUAAUCUUCAGCAGGGCCUUUCGAAAAGCGAGUCAUCGAGCACUAAAGUGUCUGAGGAUGAAUUGGACCAAGAAACAAGGCGCAAGAUUCUUUCGGAUCUUCUUGCCCGAAAUCGCAAACGAGCAGAGAGGAACAAGCUUCGCCGUAGAGAAAUGAAGAAAAAAGGCAUCACUAAAAUGCUCGAGAUGGAAGCCGAGGAAUCGGAAGAUGAAUGGCAUGGUAUUGGAGGAAGUGAUAAUGAGCUUUCCGAGGAUUAUGACUCUGAGGUUGAGAAGAUGAUAGAUGACUACAGUGUACAUUCUUCAAACGCUGAUCAUCUGCGUGCGAUACUGGCAAAAAAUGAGAGACAGCAUGAUGAAAAUAUAGUUAAUAAGAUAUUGCAUGAUAUAAGCACAGGCGGGUUUCGUCGAAGAGGAAAGGGUGCACUUGAUCUGGAAAUGAGUGAAAAUGAAGACCAAGAGUUACAACAGUUUAGACAGAAAAGACGAGAACUUUUGAAACAAAAGAUAUUGGAAAAUGGUGAUACUAGCAAGCUCGUAUCUAACCCCAAGUCAUACGCCUUUUUUCAGACGAUGGUGGACGAUGUUACUGAAGCAUCAUUUGGAAAUACAUUUGAUGCCAAUAUAGAUGAAAAAACAGAUCCAUCUGCUGCAGGUCGGAAAAUUGUCAUAUCAGAACAAUUUGUAAAGGAAACCCUGUCAUUCUUGUCGAGCAAGAGUGGCGACUCAGAAAUCCCUGCAGAAACUAAAUCUAUUUCAUCCAGCACAGUUGAACGUGAAGAAAUUCAAGACCUUCAUACAUUGAAGCAAAAUAGUAACAUUAAACAUUUGAAAGGAAGUCUAGAACUUCCUGCUCAGAUGGCUGAACUCAGCAGUGGAGAUGAAGGUGAUUACGGCUUUUCUUUAGAUAGAUUUCGCUCUGCGGCAAAAAGUUUUAAUAAUGGAACUAACGUCGACGAUAAGUUUAAAAGUGGCACCAAGGCAGUGCGAAUCUUAAAGGCGAAUAAGACAAUUGGCGGUUCAAAAGCCGCGAUUACUUUUAUUGGGAGAAAGCGUAGGCUGAUUCCACCAAAAAAUGAUUAUAAAGAUUCAGAACCAAAGCUUAAUUCAUCAAAACGAGCUCGCUCUCAGUUGUUUUCGGAGGGAAAUAACCGCAGUUUUGAUACUUAG